CACAGAGGGAGAGGAAGCCACUCUUUAGUUCUUUAAUACAUUAGUACGGUGAACAUACAGCUGCCUGAGGCGUAAAGAGUCCAGCAGAAUGACUGCAAACCCAGAUGUCUUUAAAAACAUUCAGCGAAAGCCUGGUAUGCAGAUAUGGACCAUCAAUAAAAUGCAAAUGGCCCCUGUCCCAGAGCAAGCAUUUGGAAAUUUCUUUGAGGGUGACUGCUACAUCAUUCUUUAUGUGAGCAGCAGUACCACACAAUCCGUAGACAUCCACUACUGGAUAGGCAACAGUUCCACUCAGGAUGAGCAGGGAGCAGCAGCCAUCUAUGUGACCCAGCUGGAUGAAUUUCUGGGUGGCAGUCCAGUUCAGUACCGUGAGGUCCAGGGAAGCGAAUCACCUAAAUUCAAAAGCUACUUCAAGAGUGGUCUCAUUUAUAAAAAAGGUGGCGUGGGAUCAGGGUUCACGCAUGUGGAAAGCAACGUGUAUAACAUUCUGCGCCUGCUCCAUGUUAAAGGGACAAAACAUGUGACUGCCAAAGAGGUGGAGGUGUCCUGGAGCAGUUUUAAUCUGGGGGACAUAUUCUUGCUGGACAUGGGAAAAGCAAUAAUACAAUGGAAUGGUCCUCAAAGCAACAGACAAGAAAAAAUGAAGGCUGUGCUGUUGGCUCAGGACAUCAGGGACAGAGAGCGUGGAGGCCGGGCUCAGAUUGGUGUGAUUGAGGGUGGGCAGGAGGAAGCCUCUCCUGAGCUCAUGAUGGUUAUGGUAUCCGUUUUGGGUCAGAGGAGUGGGAACCUGAAAGAGGCAAUCCCUGACAACAAACCAGACCAGGAACAGACCUCUAACGUCAAGCUGUACCAUGUGUCUGAUGCCACUGGUCAGCUGGUAGUGCAGGAAGUGGCUGCCAGUCCACUUACGCAGGAUUUGCUGUGUUCCUCGGACUGCUAUAUUUUAGAUCAGGGUGGAAGUGCAAUAAUGGUAUGGAAGGGAAAAGAAGCGUCAAAUGAAGAAAGACGCUCGGCUCUGAGUCGGGCAGUUGGUUUUAUAAAAGCAAAGAACUACCCGCCCAACACUAAGGUGGAGGUUAUGAGUGAAGGAGGAGAGUCGGCCAUGUUUAAACAUCUCUUCAAGUCCUGGAAAGAAGCUGGUCAAACUCAAGGCCUGGGAAAGACCCACACUGUGGGCAAGAUAGCUAAAGUGGAUCAAGUGAAAUUUGAUGUCAUGGAGCUUCACGCUCAGCCUAAACUGGCUGCUCAGGAGCGAAUGGUGGAUGACGGCUCUGGGGAGGUUCAGAUUUGGCGGAUUGAGAAUCUUGAACUGAAGGAGGUAAACCCAAAAACUUAUGGACAAUUCUAUGGAGGAGACUGUUACCUAGUGCUGUACACCUACAAUAGAGCCAACAAACCUCAGUACAUCCUGUACAUAUGGCAGGGUCGUCAUGCGACACAGGAUGAGGUGACGGCGAGUGCUUAUCAGGCGGUGAAUUUGGAUAACAAAUACAAUGGAGCCCCCACACAGGUCAGAGUGGUCAUGGGAAAAGAGCCCAGACACUUCCUGGCCAUGUUUAAAGGCAGACUCAUCAUCUAUGAGGGUGGCACAGGGAGAGCAGGCGUGGUGAACUCUAACCCUGGUGCCAGACUCUUCCAGGUCAGAGGGGCAAAUGAGAUGAACACAAAGGCAACAGAGGUGCCUGCUCGAGCCUCCUCUCUAAACACCAACGAUGUCUUUCUGCUCAAAACUGAUCAGAAUUUCUACCUGUGGUAUGGCAAGGGUUGCAGUGGAGAUGAGAGGGAGAUGGGGAAAGCCGUAGCUGAUUUGCUUUCUGAGCAGGACAAGCAGAUUGUAAUGGAAGGGCAGGAACCUGCUCACUUCUGGGUGGCUUUAGGAGGAAAAGCUCCAUACGCCAGUGACAAGAGACUAGAGAUAGAGAACCAUGCUCAUGCUCCACUUCUGUUUGAAUGCUCCAAUCAGACGGGCCGAUUCCUCAUGACAGAAGUGGCUGAAUUCACACAGGAUGAUCUGGAUGAGGAUGAUGUCAUGUUGCUAGACACCUGGGAGGAGAUUUUCCUUUGGAUAGGCAACUCAGCCAACCAGUACGAGACUCAGGAGGCAAGCAGCAGUGCAGUGGAGUAUCUUAAAACCCACCCAGCAGGACGGGAUCCUGGGACACCGAUCAUCUCUGUUAAACAGGGCUAUGAGCCACCCACAUUCACUGGCUGGUUCAAUGCUUGGGAUCCUCAUAAGUGGAGUGGAGGCCUUUCAUAUGAGGAGAUGAAAAGCAACCUGGGUGAUGUUUCACAAAUCACCAUGAAUAUUAACAACAAAGACCUGAAUAAGAAGACAGGCAGAGGUAUGGGGAGCUACAGUGCUCCUGGAGGCCCAGGAAAUAUAAAGUCCCAAAAUCAGCAGAUGCUCUCUUCCAGCACACAUAUAAACCAGUCUCCCAGCAAAGGAAAGCCUUCUGGGAUGCAGAGUACUGAGCAGCCAGUUAAAACACCUAGUAUGUUGCCUUCUGGAGUGGAUCCUGACAAACGAGAGGACAUUUUGAGUGACACUGAAUUUGAGAAUCUCCUUGGCUGCACCCGGGCCGAUUUUCAGAGACUGCCUAAAUGGCGUCAGAAUGACCUUAAAAAGAAGGCAGGACUAUUUUGAGAAUGGGUUUACUACAAUGAGCUGACAAAAUCUGAUCUUCAAACCUGAUUUUUGUAUUCUACAAGUUGUGUGGGAGACUGUCACUAACAGUAUCAGUGAAGCCUUGAUUGGCAUAGGCUUUGCACUGUAAUAGAUUUAUUUAUUCAUCAAAAGAAGUUUCUACAAACUUUUAAAAGCUAACAUUUAAACUAAAUUAUGCCCAAAUAGAAAUGCUUUGUAAAUAUCUUCAUGUUUAAAUAUAUACCGUUGGGGACAAAAACUUUGAGAAAACUCAGGAAAAUGCCUCUAUUUCGCAUUUUUUUAAAUUACAAAUGAUAUUAUCAGCAAAACAAUCUACUGUUGGUGAAACGUUAAAUUGAAAAAUUAACAUUAAUUAAAGAUUUCUUAGUAUUUGGUAUUAGCAUGCCCUCGAGCUGCCAUGGAUUCCACAAGUUUGUGCAAAACCUGAUAAUCCAUGUUAUCUCAGCAUGAUUUGAGAGUGUUGCGAAGAGAAUCUUGUGUGCUUCAAUGGAAAUUAGAAGAUCUUAUGUAGAGCUAACAUGGUCAAUGUCACAAAUUUGCUUAUAGAAAUAGUGCAGAAUCUUAAAUAUUUCUAAUUUAUUUUGUCAUAACUUUGAUCCAAAUCUUUAAACUUUCUUAUUAUUUCCAGAUUUAAAUUAAAUUUUGAAUCCCAGAUUUACAGAAUCCCAGUGGUCUCAGACAUUUGGACCAUACUAUGUUUUUAAAACACAGAAAUGAUAAAUUCUGUCAAACUGAUUAAAACAUAUCUAACUCCUGUUUAGUAUGCUAAUAAAACACAAUGCUUAUAAAAUUG